ACUCAGUCGACACCAGAGGCUUCUACGACUGCCGAAACUGACCAAACCUGGGGUGACUGGACAAGUUCUGUCGUAGCCACCACGACUCAAAUUGUACAAACACCGUCCACACAAGCAACGACUGUGUCUUCAAGCUGGGCUGAUUGGUCUGGAUUGUCAUCCACAACACCCGAAGCAACAACAUCAACUCAGUUGGCACAGACCUCUACUCAGCCGGCAACAGUCUCCUCAAGUUGGGGAGACUGGACGCAAUCAUCCAGCACAUUGGUGCAGACCUCGACCCAACCAGCAAAUAGUCAAACAACGACUAAGCCUGAAGCGACUUCCAGCAUUUGGGGUGAUUGGACUACAUCUUCGGUCCAAACUACCACCUUGGUCACUUCUUCCCAGGUACAGGAAAGCGGAUCGGCUGGUUGGUCUGACUGGGCAAGCUCAACUAGCGGGAAGAUCACCACCACAUCUCAGACAACCCCCGUCGGAACGCAGCCUCAAGGCUCAGCAAGCUCUGGCUGGAAUGAUUGGACAACAUCGCAAACAUCCCAACCAGUGAAGGCGACUUCCAUUGUCAGCUCUUCUGGAUGGUCAGAUUGGCAGUCGACUAAGCCAUCCCAACCCGCGGUCGAAACUUCCAAGGCUUCCACUACUAGUCAGGCUUCUUCAGGUUGGUCUGACUGGCAAACAGUUCCAGCCUCUUCCAAAACCAUUGAAACGACUUCCAUUGUGUGGAGCGACUGGCAGACCUCUACAAAACCAGAGACUACCCCAACACCAGCACCGACCACCACCCCAUCCAAGGCUCCUGAGGCAAGUAAGAGCUCUCAAGGUUGGGGAGACUGGCAAUCAAGCAGCGCUCAACCGGUCACAUUGUCAACCACUCCCGCUCCAGCCCCGAGUUCUGCGACUGCUCCGGCUCCUUCCAAGUCCCAGGGAUGGAAUGACUGGCAAUCCAGCUCUGUAGCCCCAACGCCUGAGAAGAGCUCAGCUACUGCUCCAUCCCCAUCCCCAUCCCAGUCCCAUGGAUGGAGCGAUUGGCAGUCCAGCUCUGUAGCUCCGGCACCAGAGAAGAGCAGUGCACCUGCUCCGACCCCUUCAAAAUCCCAAGGAUGGAAUGACUGGCAGUCCAGCUCUGCAGCUCCUGCACCUGUCCCUGCCACAACACCGGCUGAGGCAAAGACCACGCCCACACCUUCAUCUAGCCAAGCACCCGCACCAGAACACAGUCAGAGCGUCGCCUGGGGAGACUGGAAGGGCAGCAGCUCCGUUGCGCCGGCCCCGACUGCGGCUCCCGCACCCUCGCCAAAAGAAGAGUGUCAGCAAGAAACCACGACCGUUUACAUCACGCAGACGGUGACCAGCUUUGCCGGCGCUGCGCGGCCAACCGGCUCAUGGGGGGCCGGAAAGAAACAUGGCGGCGAUAGCAAUGGCCAAGGUCAGGGAUGGAAAGACUGGAGCUAG